CUUCAUCUCCUGGCUUCUGGUGCAGACUGUUCAGCUUCCACCUGGGACUCUUCAGCCUUCUGGUGUAGCCUCUUCUGCCUUGGUUGUAGAUUCUUUAGCAUUCCAUCGCAGACCCAUCAGCCUCCUGAUAUGGACUUGCAUGGACACUGCAGUGAGCACCCCACCUUGGACUAGACUCUUCAAUCUCCAGGGUGCAGAGAGUGUCUGCACCCUUCCUCAUCUAACUCUGCGGCUGACCAUUAACCCCAAGGUCAGGCAACGGCUUUCAGUGGUGGUGGCUUGGACUGGCACCUUGGACCUCUCUACACUUAGGGUCAUCUCAAUGCAGCAGGUGGCACCCAGAUGGGCAAAGGACACUAGAACCAGUCACCCGUCCGAUGCCAGUAAACUUGCAACCUCCCCACUGGCCUAGCCUGCCUUCCUGCAAGACUCAGUGCAGCCUUCACUGGACCCGGAACGGGUUUUCCUAGGGAUGAAAGAGAAAGCUUGAAAUGGAAGCAUCCAGCCAGUCUACUAUGACAGAAUUUGUCUUGCUGGGCCUCUCAGCCCACCCAAAACUGGAGAAAGCGUUCUUUGUGCUCAUCCUGUCAAUGUACCUGGUGAUUCUGCUGGGCAACGGGGUCCUCAUCCUGGUAACCAUCCUCGACUCCCACCUGCACACACCCAUGUACUUCUUCCUGGGGAACCUCUCCUUCCUGGACAUCUGCUACAUGACCUCCUCCGUCCCUCUGGUCUUGGAUGGUUUUCUCACUCCUAGGAAAAUCAUCUCCUUCUCAGGCUGUGCUGUGCAGAUGUUUCUGUCCUUUUCCAUGGGAGCCACAGAGUGUGUGCUCCUGGGCAUGAUGGCGUUUGAUCGCUACGUGGCCAUCUGCAACCCCCUUAGGUACCCUGUGGUCAUGAGCAAGGCUGCCUACAUGCCCAUGGCCAUCAGCUCCUGGGUGGCUGGUGGAGCCAACUCCUUGGUGCAGAUCUCUCUUGCAGUACAAUUGCCCUUCUGUGGGGACAAUGUCAUCAACCACUUCACCUGUGAGAUCUUGACAAUUCUAAAGUUGGCCUGUGCUGACAUCUCCAUCAAUGUGAUCAGCAUGGGGGUGGCCAAUGUGAUCUUCCUGGGGGUGCCAGUUCUGUUCAUCUUUGUCUCCUAUGUCUUCAUCCUCACCACCAUCCUGAGGAUCCCCUCAGCUGAGGGCAGGAAAAAGGCCUUCUCCACCUGCUCUGCCCACCUCACUGUGAUGAUCAUCUUCUAUGGGACCAUCCUCUUCAUGUACGGGAAGUCCAAGUCCAAAGACCCACUGGGGGCAGACAAGCAGGACCUCACAGACAAGCUCAUCUCCCUCUUCUACGGCCUGCUGACCCCCAUGCUGAACCCCAUCAUCUACAGCCUAAGGAACAAGGAUGUGAAGGCUGCUGUGAAGGGCCUGCUGGCUCAGAAAUGCUUCCCCCGGUGGUGGUGGCUAUGUCCCCCACCCACACACUCUGAAGAUUACCAUUCGGCAAUCUGAGGUGAAGAAUAAGUUGCAUUUGAAGGCACGCUUCUCCCAGUGUGGUCAACGGACUGAUAAUACCAGCCUCGCCUGGGAACUUAUUGACAAACAAACUCUUAGGGCCCGCUGCAGACCUACUAAGUUAAAUCUUCAUUUUAGCAAGAUCCAUUGGGUGAUUUGUAUGCCCACUAAACUGAGGAAGUAUUGGUUUAAACUGUGUAGACAAUGCUGCAGAUGGCCAGAUGACCAUCCCCACCUAGAACUGAAACACUCAUCACCCCCGCUGCUGAGCGUGUUGGCAACUGACAGCAUUCAGGUGAGUUUCUUGACACUGGAAAAGUCAUAUUCCCUUCUCAAGGGGAAACUCACGUGCAGCGAUUCAUCAAUGUCACUGUCAAAGCCUCGGCCCCCUCGCCUCCAAUGGGGAGACCUCUAAACAACCACCCAGCUUCCCCCCUUUCUUCCUCUGCACAGCGCUGCUGCCUUCACUGGCCCCUGCAGGUGUUUAUAUGAAGUGUGCGUCCCGGUGAGCAUGACUCAUGACCGUCUCCCAGGCAGUCAGCCUCUUCGGGCCUGGCCUUCGGUGAACAGCAGUCUCAGCCCAGAGACGUGAGCAGCACGUUCAGGACACGUCCUUUGCAGGGCCUGCCUGCACUCUGACUCCCAGGGAAACAAACUCAAUGAACUUCUUUUGUUCAGAGAAAAAUUG